AAACGCUUACCGAGAUAGCUCCGUGCAAGAAUGAACUAGUAGCUUGGUGCCUCAGGGGUGUUUUCACUUGGAGAGAUACAAGUGCUUGACCUAUAAGUCUGUGCCUCUUGACACGAAACGUAGUGAAUGGAAUGGUCUCAGGACCCCCUCAGAAAGGAGUGGGACCAUCUUUACACCUGCUGAGAGGUGCCUGAGGUAACCAACUGGGAUGGGGUAGGCAGGUAGCUAAGGAAGCACAUGGGAUGUGGAAUUGAAAAACUGUUCCAAUCUGGCCCUGCCACGUGGCAGCUGUCUGGUUCAGGCCACAUUAUUUCACCUUUCUGGGGGUCGCAGCCUCUGGGCCUAUAAAAUGGGGCAAAUUCUGCCUACUUCAGAGGAUGGCCGGGUGGGAAAGUAUCAUUGUGAAGCCCUGAGCAGUGACUUACCAGGAUCUUUGGUGUGUGUGUGUGGAUGCAGCCAGUGACCCCAGGGCAUGGUGGAAAUAAUACUUUGAGGUGGCUCUGCAGGAGGACUACAAGCCUGCGGCCAGGAUGGGGUGGCAGUGGUCAGUCACGUCAGGGCCCUCCCCUUGCCUACAGGCCUCCUCCAUGUCAGUGGGCCUGCAGGGAGACAGCUCCUUGCAGGUGGAGAUCUCUGAUGCCGUCAGUGUGGAGCGGGACAGGGUGAAGUUCACUGUUCAGACCAAGGUGACCUUCUGGAGCUGCCUGCCUCACUUCUCCCAGACCGAGUGCUUCGUCAUGCAACAACAUGAGGAGUUCAUCUGGCUGCACGAUGCCUACGAGGGAGGGGUACACCAGUCUCCCUGUGAGGGGGAGCCAGCCUGGGAGAACAGGGGGUACACCAGUCUCGCUGUGAGGGGGAGCCAGCCUGGGAGAACAGGGGGUACACCAGUCUCACUGUGUAGGGGAGCCUGCCUGGGCCCUCAGGGUGGCGGGGAGGCAGGGCCAGGCUUCAGGGUGUGGGUGAUGGCCAUCCUGAUAAUGAGAGGUCUCCCAGCUCUGUCCUCCUUUGAGCAGAUCCCCUCAGCCCCUCCACGGCCAGACUCUGAGGCUGCACGCAGAUUGAGGCUCUGGGUGGCUGUGGGAGGGAAGCCACUGGGGGUUCUGGAAGUGGAUGACUUCUUUGAGCAUGAGAGGACCUUCCUGCUGGAGUACCACGCCUGCAUCUGAGACGCCUGUCUGUGGGCAGACCAAGUCAUGCACUCAUGCCUGGCAGAUGAUUACAUGCCUAUCUCAGCUGCACUGAGCAGUCUGGGAUCACAGGAAGUCAACCAGCUAAAGAGUAGCUUCUUCAAAUUGGCAGAGCUCUUUGAACAGUUAAGGGAGCUGGAGGGCCAAGUGGCCUCUAACAAGGACCUGAAGCUGUUAGACAUGCUGAGGUACUACAUGCGAGACUCCCAGGCAGCCAGGGUGAGAGGUGGCCCCAGAGCAAACCUCAGGGCUGGAGGCCAGGGGGCUGAGCCACCAGGGAGAGCAGAGAGGCACGGGCCGUGGGUCAGGGAUCCUGUGCCCUUGCCAGCCCCAGGACUACUGUCCUGGCAGCUGCUGGCACUGGCAGACUACAAGAAUGCCAACAAGGUGCUGGACAAGGCCUGCACCAGCAACCAGGUGUGGGCUAUGGAGAGCCACUAACAGCUGUGCUGCUAGUGCUUCGAACGCCUCUUGGACUCAGCCAGGCAAAUUUCUCGGCGCUUGGGAGCAGCGGUGGACCUGGUGGGGUGCUGGGAGGUCGCUGGCAUGAGCACCCCAGCUGUGCAGGGCCAGGGCUCCCCAUCUGGACCAGGACCCUUCCCUUCUAAUCGGUAG